UUUUUUUUUUGCUGCGCGUAAGGAAGAAAGCUUCUGUUACGGUUGUAGGGAGGUGCCGCGUUUGGGACUUUAUCCUUGGUUUGGUUGGUUUUUCAGCCGAGAAGCGCUAACUGGGGUGGGUGGGGUAGCGUAGGGCAUACAGACAGCUAAAGCGGAAAACGAGGGGGCAACUUCCUCCCGAAGUUUUAUACAGGUGUUUGUAUACAGCGUAGGGUGCUGAAGCUUAACUUGCAGAGGUGGAAAGGAGUGUAGGUACUUUGGUCCUUUAAGCUGCUGUAGCAUCUCAGAAGUUGGGGAGCUCUGCAGGGUACCUGGCAACUUUCUCUGCCAUUGAGGUGACUUUUGCCGCUGCGAGAGAGUGAAUAGCUUUCAGGAACAGGAUACUAAUUUGCAGUGCAGGGAAACAGAGCAAGAGUAGAGUCACUGGGCACGCUGUGGUGUUGUGCUUGAAAAGGAGGCUGAGAGCAAGACUGUAGUCAGGACCCUGGGGUUUAGGAAUACCUUCCACAUCCUCGAAGCUCUAUUGCUGUUGGGAUCUGCAUCACACACAGUCAGAGGCCAUGCAGAAGGAGGAGCUGGGAAUGGAUGAAAAUCGCAACCCAGAGGAGGAGCUGCGUCUCCUCGGUGGAAAGAAGGAAAAAUGCCACAACCUCAGCAACCGCAUCCGGACAGGGGGUGGAGCAGAGCUGGGCUACAGGCCAAGCCAGGUCUCCAGAGAAGGUGCAUGGGAGUCCAACGGGUAUACUGCACCCUCUGAGAUAGCUGACGAACCCAGUGUUCCCCUGAGCCCUUCCAACAGCCUCAACAUCCGCAAUCUCCAGUUGUCUGAGCGGGACCCUCCUGUUGCCCACCAUCCCCACCGCUACCCUCAUCGCUUUUACCAUGCCCGCCCCUUCCAUGCUACAGCAUACCGCAAGACCUACCGAGGCAGCCCCUCAGACCGCAAGGAAUGGGGACCUAGCACAAACGGCCAUCACUGUGCUCCUGAGAGCAUCUCCAACGGGCGGUGGCAGCACCGGCGCCGCGGCUAUUCUGACCCACCCUCCCCGUCAUCGUCUCCCGAAUCUGAACGAGGCAGCACCGUCAAAGCCAGUGAGAAGCCUGCCACCACAUCUAAUGUCGCCAACGCAGCCACCGAGGAUUCUGGGAAGGAAACAUGGUCGCUCUUCCGGCCACUUCCCGCUUUCCCGGUCGAUAGCAGCAGUGCCCGGAUCAUCCCCAAGAUCUCUUAUGCCAGCAAGCUGAAAGAGAACCUGGAUCAACCGGGGAAAGCCUGCCAUGUUCCUGCCUCAGCCGUCCGCACCACCAAUAGCCUCCCCAACUGUGUCUUGGCGCCACCCCCAAGUAGCCCCCCGCCAUCUGACAGCAGUCGGCGACAGCACCUGGGAGCCAUCUUUCAGAAUGAGUGGGGCCUCUCCUUUAUCAACGAGCCGGGGGCUGGGCAUGGAGGGGGUGGCGGGACGGCACCAGACGUGGAUGAACGAGAUGCAGAUGCUGGAGCAUCCUGGGAGAAAAUGGAAGUUAGCGACUGGCAGGCUGCAAAAAAUUACCAUCUGGAUGAAUGGAGACAUAUAUGGGAGCUACACAUUCAAGAUCCUAGCAGAGUGACGGUCUACACAGACACCUUCGAUGGGAAGGGUUAACGUCAAUAAUUCCCAGGGGAAGCACCGCUAAGACAUGAGGGGGGGCACAUGGGGAGAGGCAAGAUGCCCACCCCACCCCCCUUGAAGACUGGAGAAGCCCAAGCAUCUUGAAAGGGGAAGCUCUGCCACCUGCCUACCUCCCUCCCUUUGCUGUUAUAGCUCAAAUUGUCUCGGUGGGGCUAACGCCUCACCUCUUUUUCUCUCUUGCUCUCUCUCUUUCUCUCUGAUUUAAUGCUCUGGUUUUUAAUUUCUUCACAUGGUUUUUAAUUUCUCUGGAUUCCCCUGAAAAUAAAGGCAAAAAAAGAAUUUAUUUAAAUUCA